AUGAGUGAGAUAUGGGACUCCAACUCUUCAGAAAACUGGACUCACAUGUGGACUGUCAAUGACACGAAGCACGAUCUGUACUCAGAUAUCAAUGUCACCUAUGUGAAUUAUUAUCUUCACCAGCCUCAAGUGGCAGCAAUAUUCAUUAUUUCCUACUUUCUGAUCUUCUUCCUGUGCAUGGUGGGAAAUACAGUGGUUUGCUUUAUUAUAAUGAGGAACAAACACAUGCACACAGUCACUAAUCUCUUCAUCUUGAACUUGGCAAUAAGUGAUUUACUGGUUGGUAUAUUCUGUAUGCCCAUAACGCUGCUGGACAAUAUUAUCGCAGGAUGGCCGUUUGGAAACACAAUGUGCAAGAUCAGUGGGUUGGUGCAGGGAAUAUCAGUUGCAGCUUCGGUCUUCACUUUAGUUGCGAUAGCAGUGGAUAGGUUCCGGUGUGUUGUCUAUCCUUUUAAACCAAAGCUCACUAUCAAGACAGCAUUUGUCAUUAUUGUGAUCAUCUGGGUCCUGGCCAUCACCAUUAUGUCUCCAUCUGCAGUAAUGUUACAUGUACAAGAAGAAAAAUAUUACCGAGUGAGACUCAACUCCCAGGGUAAAACCAGUCCAGUCUACUGGUGCCGGGAAGAUUGGCCAAAUCAGGAAAUGAGGAAGAUCUACACCACUGUGCUAUUUGCCAACAUCUACCUGGCUCCACUCUCCCUCAUUGUCAUCAUGUAUGGAAGGAUUGGGAUUUCACUCUUCAAGACUCCAGUUCCCCACACGGGUAAGCAGAACCAGGAGCAGUGGCGUGCAGUGUCCAAGAAGAAGCAGAAAGUCAUUAAGAUGCUCCUGAUUGUGGCCUUGCUUUUCAUUCUCUCCUGGCUGCCCCUGUGGACUCUGAUGAUGCUCUCAGACUAUGCUGACCUUUCUCCAAAUGAACUAUAUGUCAUCAACAUUUACAUCUACCCCUUUGCGCACUGGCUGGCCUUUUGCAACAGCAGUGUCAACCCCAUCAUUUAUGGUUUCUUCAAUGAGAAUUUUCACCGUGGUUUCCAGGAUGCUUUUCAGCUCCAGUUCUGCCAAACGAGAGCGAAGCCCCAGGAAGCCUUCUCCCGAAGAGCACGUACCAAUAUGGCCAUAAACACAUUUAAUCAGCUAGCUCAGGAAACUACAUUUCAAAAUGCACACGGGGAAAAUGUGCUUUAUAAUAAAACUGCUGAAAAAUCCAAACAGGAAUUAAUGAUGGAAGAUUUGGGAGAAGCUUCCAAUAACAAUGAGAUUAAAAGAGAGCUAGUGUAAUUAUUCUAACUCUGCUAUGUGUAUAUAUUGAAAUCAUGUUGCUUUCUGUGGCUCUGUACUUAGAAUUCUUUCUAUGAAUGUUGUGAAGAAAACAUACACUGAAAGCCCUCUCUGGGAAAAAAAAGUAAACAAAAAUGGUCUUAUGAUCAUAACCAAUCCUGUGGCAUUUAAAAUAUGUGCAGUGACUUGUGUAUGAAUUUGCUUAAAUAAAUCUAUUUUCUAGGAAAUAGU